UGCGCACGCCACCGCGCUUCAUUGGCCACGCCGUUGCCAUCACGCCGAUUAAACUAGCCGAUCGAUCGCCCAGCUCGCCUGCCUGUGAUCGACCGGGUCGCUGCCUCCGAUCCUCUUGCUGCCCAGCACCCUGGCUACUUCAGCCAGCUAGCCAGGUUGAGACCGACUAGCUCGAUCUAGCUGCUGAGGCGUGGCCAUGGAGGGCGACGACGACGGCCCGGAGUGGAUGAUGGAGGUGGGCGGCGCGGGCGCCACAGGGAAGGGAAAAGGCGGCGCGCUGGACAAGAACAAGAAGCGCUUCAGCGAGGAGCAGAUCAAGUCUCUCGAGUCCAUGUUCGCCACGCAGACCAAGCUGGAGCCGCGCCAGAAGCUGCAGCUGGCGCGGGAGCUCGGCCUGCAGCCGCGCCAGGUCGCCAUCUGGUUCCAGAACAAGCGCGCGCGCUGGAAGUCCAAGCAGCUGGAGCGCGACUACUCCGCGCUCCGCGACGACUACGACGCGCUCCUCUGCAGCUACGAGUCCCUCAAGAAGGAGAAGCACACGCUCCUCAAGCAGCUGGAGAAGCUAGCCGAGAUGCUGCACGAGCCGCGGGGCAAGUACAGCGGCAAUGCGGACGCCGCCGGCGCCGGGGACGACGUGCGCUCGGGCGUCGGCGGCAUGAAGGACGAGUUUGCAGACGCCGGGGCCGCGCCCUACUCGUCCGAGGGCGGUGGCGGUGGCAAGUUCGCGCACUUCACGGACGACGACGUGGGAGCCCUCUUCCGGCCGUCGUCUCCGCAGCCGAGCGCCGCUGGCUUCACCUCGUCGGGGCCGCCGGAGCACCAGCCGUUCCAGUUCCACUCCGGCUGCUGGCCAUCGUCGACGGAGCAGACCUGCAGCAGCUCGCAGUGGUGGGAGUUCGAGUCCCUCAGUGAGUGAGUGUCUGAGUGAUCGAUCGCCAGACCAUGCGACGGCGGGUCACUCGGUUCCAACUUCCAAGCACACACACACACACACGUAAGCACGAAUACGAGUUGGUAGCGGUCAUCAGCCCCGAGCGCACGGUGUACAUAGCUUUCAGUAGAUCGAAUUCCAGGCAUGUCCAUCAACAAGCAGUUUCUUCUCGUCAUCGAUCAUCAUGCAUGCAAAAGAAAAUUUUCUCUCCCCCAUUGUCGUCGCCGCUACCAGAUCAUGUAAUCCAGGAACAUGUAGAGAAAGAUCAAACGAGCUUAUAGAGAAGGGAGGUCACAUGUUCGAUC